CAGUCAUCCGCUAAACGCAAACGCCACUCACCGACAGACGUGAUCCUGUGGCUUGGUGACUGCGCAGAUCACACUCGUUAACAAGUUUGCCGUGCGCGCCGAUGUAACGCUGGAAAAACGUUACAGCCUGGAAAAACCUCAUUCUUUCUGUUCCAGCAUCCACCCGGCGGGAAGGCAGAGCAUCCGCGCACAGCUGUAGGCUCGGGAAAAGGGAACACUUUUAUUUUUUACAGACACUAGGUGCAGGACGCUAUGACAGAGGUGAUGAACACCCGUGAGUCAGCAGUGGGCGACUACAGUGCGUCCGGAGACCAGGACAUUUCUUUUAAGGUUUUCCCCGACUCACAUGAGCGCUACCCCAAGCUAUCCAAGCGUCUGCCAUCCAUCGUGGUGGAGCCGACCGAGGGUGGAGAGGUGGAGAGUGGCGAGCUACGGUGGCCUCCGGAUGACCUGAGCCCUACUGAUGAGACCAGAGACCCCCAGACCCAGAAAGCAGGUUCGAGCCUCCAGUGAGGAGCCAACAGCAGUGGAAGAAGAGGCUGACAGAGUGACAGCAAACUGAUGGGGAGUAGCUGGCAGCAAAUCAGUCUAAUACUGUGAAAGUCUUCAUAGUGGAAAAGAGCAAGCAGGAGACUCCUACAGUUAGUCUGACUACAGCAACACCCGCACUAGAGCCACCCACCCGUCAAUAGACCUCCAAUCCAGUAGGGGGAGCUGAGGCCUGAGAGACAUUGCCGAAAUAACUCAUGUGCCAAACUCUAGUGGUAGCCAGCUACUGUUAUUGAGUUGUACAUCCUUUUCCAGAACAUUACGAUUCAUCUAUAAUGAUAUCAUUAGAGUUCAUUUGUGCCUGGUUUUUAAACGAUGUAUUGACAUUGAGGUAGCCUAUAUAUUUAUUUGCCUUGGACCAAAGUCUUAAAUAUUUGACUCUGUUCAGCUAUCAUGCACAUAGCUACAUACCUUAUGAUUUGAUGUGUAAUACAUAAAGCAUAACCUCUGUAUGGCCAUCUCACACUUGAAGUUGGUUUUCAAAUAAUGUUGAUAUAUUUCUGCAAUAGUGCUACACAAAUAUAGAUUACUAUCAAUAUGUACAGUGGAUUAUAUUUUACAGUGUGUUUUUGAGACUUCUGUUCGUUCUAAACCAACUAUAACACAGUAUGAGAUAUAUUACUUGACCAUCUCUUUUGUUUGUUCUUUAGACACAUUUGCACGCACUGCUUGACAUUAGCAUAAUUUUAUUCUGUGUAGUACUGCUUUUCCUGCUGCCUUGCAUUGUGUUUCAGGUCCAUUGUCAGAGUAGCUGUCUACAGCCACAGAGAUAUCUGUGGUUGACUACUGUCUACAGCCACAGAGAUGUCUGUGGUUGACUACUGUCUACAGCCACAGAGAUGUCUGUGGUUGACUACAGUCUACAGCCACAGAGAUGUCUGUGGUUGACUACUGUCUACAGCCACAGAGAUGUCUGUGGUUGACUACUGUCUACAGCCACAGAGAUGUCUGUGGUUGACUACUGUCUACAGCCACAGAGAUGUCUGUGGUUGACUACAGUCUACAGCCACAGAGAUGUCUGUGGUUGACUACUGUCUACAGCCACAGAGAUGUCUGUGGUUGACUACUGUCUACAGCCACAGAGAUGUCUGUGGUUAAUUAUUGCAUGCAUUAUAGCUCAUUUAAAGAUGACUAUUGUUUUUUUAUUUGUUUAGUUUUUCUUUUUGUUUGUUUCGUCUUAGUUUGUUCUGGUUUUCUUUUUCUUUUUUUCUUCUUCUUUUUUUUUGUUGCACGCAUGCAUAAAAAAUUCAAAUUGACAACAUUAUUGUGAAAUCACAUAUGCCAUCUCUGAACUGUACUAGUUAAAUAUAAUCUGUCCAAUAAUCCUGCUGAUGUAAAAAUCUGUUUCAAAAAUGCAGCACCUUGACUAGAUGUUUGGAAUAUGAUAGCACUGAUGAUCCUUUCUACUGAGGUGCUUUCUAGCCUGCUCUGAAAACAUAUUAAAGGCACAUGUGCUAAGACA